AUGGACGACUUGGACAUUGAAAUGGAAGAUGCCGCGGGGCAGUUCCAGAAUGAUGCGCCACCGGAAGUCCUACCGCAGGAAGACAUCCUCGCAAUCGACGCGGACGACGCACACAACCAGGAGCCUGGCGAGAUCAACGAAGCCUCUGCGACAACGGCCGCCGACGCAGCAGCAGCAGCAGCCGACGCCACAACACUCAUCCCCACAAAAGUCCACAUCCGCGGACUGGACGCCCUGAAUCCCGACGACAUCAAGGCCUACGUCGCCGAACACUACACCGGCAAUGGCGGUAGCAAGGGCCCUUUUGAGCGCAUCGAGUGGAUCGACGAUACGUCUGCCAACCUCUUGUUUUCCUCGGAGGCUGCCGCGGCCACGGCCCUCGCCGCCCUCUCCGGUGUCCAGAUUGACGACGUGAGCCAGCUGCCGCUGGGCGAGCUGCUGCCGGCCAAGACCUACUCUGCAAAGCCCGACGACGUUUCGGGCGGCCUGUCGGUCCGCUUCGCGCUCGCCUCGGACAAGAAGCAGAGCGGCGCCGCGCUGCGCAGCCGCUUCUACCUCCUGCAUCCCGAAUACGACCCCGAAGAGCGCCGGCGGAACCAGCAAUACAACCGGCGACGCGACGGCGGCCGCUCCGACCGGUCGCACCGCUCCUACCGCGACGACCGCCAGGACGACCGCGAAAACGACAUCCGCAACAACUCCUUUGAUGUGAACCUGUACGAUGACGACGAACCCUCUCGUCGUGCCCGCCGGCGGUCACGGUCCUACGACUCGCGCACGCGACGGAGGACGCCGCGGUCGUGGUCGCACUCUCGGUCUCGGUCGCGUCGCAGCAACAACAGGGACAAGGAAUUGUUCCCAGUGGGCGGUAACGCCCGCGGCAAGGAGCUCUUCCCGGAGAAGCUGGGUGUGGGGUCGGAUGACCGUGGUAGAGAUCGCGGUCGUGGGCGGGAGCGGGGGCGGGAGCGGGGCCGGCUGCGCGACCGGUCGGCAUCGCCACGGCGGGACGACGGCGGCGGAUUUUAUUACGACGAGGCCGACGCGGACGACGACGACUACGAUGGCCGGUUAGCCGACGAGCGGGCCGAGGCAGACUCGGCGGCCGCUGCACGCAACCGCGACAAGGCACGCUCGAUCAAGGACCGCCUGUCAACAUCCAAAGGCGACAACAGCAACGGCAACGGCAGCGGCAACAGCUCGCGCGAGCUGUUUCCGGGCGAAUCACGCAGCUCAGCGCAUAUGGACCGGUUUGACGACACAAGCGCAGUGACGAAUCGGCUCAGCGGUAUGUCGGUAUUCUCUUCUGAUGGUGCAUGCCAUGGCGACGAAAGAAGUCGGCGCAAUGGCGACAGUGACGGCGACCGUGACAGCGACAGUAUUGCUGCCCUGGUAGUUCUGCAUUCCACAAGGCCAAACGAGGCCGACAAGGAUCGCAUCACGCGGCCCUCCGACGCGUCGUCCAGCAGCACGUUCAACAUCCGUGGUCUCGCAGGCAGCAACAACCAGCAGGGCAUCAGUAUCAAAGGUGUCGCCUCGGCUCGCGAGCUGUUUCCAAACAAAUUGAGCAGCGGCAACGGCAACGGCAACGGCGGUGGUGGUCGGGGGCGCAAUUCUGGCAAGGAGGUCUUUGACAACAGUCUGGCCAGCCGUAUCCAGCGGCCACGGCAGAGGGCCGAGGACAUGUUCCAUUGA